AUGCCGGCCCGGGGCGCCCCCGCCCACCCUAGACGCCGCGAGCCACGGGCUGCGCCCCGCCAGGUGCCGGGUAUCCAGGGCGCGCCGAGGACCGGGCCUGGCGGCCGGGCGGCGGGCGGCCGGGCGCCGCCAUCUUGCCGUACGGCGGGAGCCGCGGGGCUGGCUCCCACGUCCCGCAGCCGUGUCGCCGCGCGCCCUCCCCUCGGGGCGGUCCCGCCCGGGGCUCGGCGCGGCGAGACGAGGGCCGGAGCCAGGCGGCGGCGCGGCGGCCCGAGGCCCGAGAUGGUGAUCUGCUGCGCGGCCGCGAACUGCUCCAACCGGCAGGGCAAGGGGGAAAAGCGCGCCGUCUCCUUCCACAGAUUCCCCCUGAAGGACUCAAAACGUCUGAUCCAGUGGUUGAAGGCUGUUCAGAGGGAUAACUGGACGCCCACUAAGUAUUCUUUCCUCUGUAGUGAACAUUUCACCAAAGAUAGCUUCUCCAAGAGACUGGAGGACCAGCACCGCCUGCUCAAGCCCACGGCCGUGCCGUCCAUCUUCCACCUGGCUGAGAAGAAAAGGGGGGCCGGAGGCCAUGGCCGCCCCCGGAGAAAGGACACCAGGAAGGCCUCGGGGGGUCUGAGGGCACAUGCAAGUGACAUUGCCGACGGGAAGGCAGCUGCAGGGUCGUCGUCGUCGUGCUCGAGUGAAAGCCUAAUGGCCAAGCCCGAGUCCCGCAAGCUGAAGCGGGGCACAUCACAGGGCAGACCCGCAGCCAGGGCUACCCGGGAGGCCGCCGGUCUGCAGCGGGCCCGACAGCCUCCGGAAGGACACGGAGAUGACGGUCCGGCCUCCGCCACCGCGUCCGGCGGCCAGGGAGAAGCCAACACUUGUGCUGUGGAUGCCGGCGACGAGAACGCCACCUCCCCGGACGGGGGCCUGGUGGACAGGAGCGGCAUUUCCGUGGAUGACUUUACCCCCCCGGGGUCGGGGGCCUGCAAGUUCAUUGGCUCGCUUCAUUCCUACAGUUUCUCCUCCAAGCAUGCCCGCGAGAGGCCGGCCGUCCCCCGGGAGCCCGUGGACCGCAAGAGGCCGAAGAGAGACGCCGAGCCCGGCUGCAGCGGGAGCAGCCCGGGGCCCGAUAAGGGGCCGGCGCAGAGCCCGCCACGCGCGCCCCCCACGGCGAGCUCAUCGCUCACAGCCACGCCGCAGAAGCCCGCGCAGGGCCCCUCGGCGCCUCCGACCGACGUGACCCCGAAGCCGGCGGCCGAGGCCGUGCAGAGCGAGCACAGCGACGCCAGCCCCAUGUCCAUCAACGAGGUCAUCCUGUCGGCGUCAGGAGCCUGCAAGCUUAUCGACUCGCUGCACUCCUACUGCUUCUCCUCCCGCCAGAGCAAGAGCCAGGUGUGCUGCCUGCAGGAGCAGGUGGAGAAGAAGAACGGCGAGCUGAGGGCCCUGCGCCAGAGGGUCAGCCGCUCGGACAGCCAGGUGCGCGAGCUGCGGGAGAAGCUGGACCGGCUGCGGCGGCUGAGCCUCCCCCACCUGAGCAGCCUGCUGGCCCCCGGCCGCGAGGCCCCCAGAAUGAACCCUGUGCUGGAGCCGCUGUCCUGGAUGCUGGGCACAUGGCUGUCAGACCCGCCGGGAGCUGGGACCUUCCCGACCCUGCAGCCCUUCCAGUACCUGGAGGAGGUGCACAUCUCGCACGUGGGCCAGCCCAUGCUGAACUUCUCGUUCAACGCCUUCCAUCCGGACACCCACAAGCCCAUGCACAGGGAGUGUGGCUUCAUCCGCCUGGAGCCCGACACCAACAAGGUGGCCUUCGUCAGCGCCCAGAACACAGGCAUCGUGGAGGUGGAGGAGGGCGAGGUGAACGGGCAGGAGCUGUGCAUCGCGUCCCACUCCAUUGCCAGGACCUCCUUCGCCAAGGAGCCCCACGUGGAGCAGAUUACCCGAAAAUUCAGGCUGAAUUCCGAAGGCAAACUUGAACAGACGGUCUCCAUGGCAACCACCACGCAGCCCAUGACUCAGCAUCUGCAUGUCACCUACAAGAAGGUGACUCCAUGACCCCAGUUUUGACAAGAUCUGAAAAUGUUUAUAAAUCUGCAGUAGUCAGCAACAAGGUGAAGAGAAAGGUAGGACAAAAAGAAUUGCAGUGAGUUUUCCUUUACUUUUAAAGAGCUGAGAGUGUAACGACCCCAUUUCCAUGUGGACGAAGGGCAUUCCCAAGGCGAGAGGGUGGUGGUGAAUUUAUCAUCAUUCUGUAAAUUUGAUUUAGUCUCGGCAAUAUAAUAUUACCUUCAUUUGUUUACGAUGGAAGUUUCCAGACAUACACUGACCCCCUGGACCUCACCCCGUUCCAGCUCCUGCCAGCAUGUCCCCACACCGGUGGUUCCGUCUGCUCUUCCCCCCUUUUUGUGGCUGGAGCAUCUUAAAGCGAAUUCCACACACAGUGUCCCUUCUCUCGAACACUUCAGCAUGUGUGUAAAAGCAAAACAGAGCCUUUCUCUUUUCCUGAACACAGCACAGCAUCAGGGGCCUCACCGGGAACAUAGACACGGGGUGAAAGGAGGCCGCGCUCAAGAGCAGGGGUCAGUGUCUGCAGCCACACACCCCCUUGUCACACACCCUGGGGACAAAAGGCACUACCGGGGUGGGGGGGUUGUCAGUACCUGGGAGCGCAGAGGAGGGACCGGGGCUGGUGCCGAGCCCUCAGAGGAGCGUGGCUGGAGUGUGAGGAAGGCGGCCGGCCCCCUGCGUGCAGGGUGGACGUGGUGGCUGGGCUGGGCUCGCCGAGAGCGUCAGGUCAGCAGAGACUCAGGCCCAGUUCGUCCCUCCAGCUGCGAACCUGGGAAACCAGACAAGUUAUUGGCCUCCGAAAGUCAACGACGGGAGAGGAAUGGAUGGACACUCCCUUUCCAAAAGGUAGAAAUAGGAAAGAAGAAGGUGUGACAGGUCCUGAGCAAGUCCCAAACCUUAAGGCUUAAGAGGAACGAUCCUCUGUGGCUCAGUGUCUGUCCUCCGGGCCCCCCUGGGGUGGUCCUGCCCCCCCCCCCCAGCUUUGCCGGGUGCAGCGCUCACCACGGUUCUCAGGGGUUGGAGUCGUGUGCCUGCGGCUCUCCCCAGGUUCUGCCCACCCCGGGGUCGCCCUAGCGGGGGCUCUGCACCCCUUGCAGGGUGUGGGUCUCUGCCUAGGUCAUGAGCCUGAGGCUCCAGGUGGCUCCAUCCUUCAAAAUUGAGGGAAGGUAGCAAGGCCCCCAGGACUCUGCAUUCUGCGUGCUGGCAGAGAUGGUACCUUGUGGAAGCCAAACACCGAUUCCAGCCAAGUUUGCAGCUGUGCCCUCCAGUGGGGCAGCCACAUCUGCUGUGGCCCAGGAAUGUGGGGAGCAGAGCCUUAUCCUCUGGGCCUGGGAUGGAAGGGUCACCCCCACAAUCUCUGAAAUGCCUUUGAAGACAUUUUUCCAUUGUCUGGACUUUAAGCUUCUGUUUAGGUGGCUGCCUGGUCUCCCAUCAUGUGGGUAACUAGCUCGUAACUGAUGAGUACUAACCUCCGUGUCAAGUCCUCCCAAGCGUCAUGAUCUGUCUCAGCAAGCUUUCUUACUACUUUAAAUAUCAAUAGGCUGAGGAUUUUCCACAUUUUUAAGGUCUGCUUCCUUUUUGGUUAACAAUUCUGUCCUUAAGUCUUCUUGCAUUUUACUCUAAGUAUUCAAGAGAAACAAGGCCCCUCAUGCUUCAACACUUUCACUUUGCUUGGAAAUUUCCAGGCACAUAACCAAUUUCAUUGCUCACAAGUUCUACCUUCCACAAAACUAGGACACAUAGUUUAGCCAAGCUCUCUGUCCCGUCUUAACAAAGGUUGCCUUUCCUCCAGUUUCCAAUGACCUCCAUUUCCAUCUGAGAUCUCAGCAGACUGGCCUUUACACCUGUGAAAAUUAGUAAAGGGAAACCUCGCGGAACUGGAGUGGGGAGGGAAUUCCCUGGUGGUCCAGUGGUUAGGACUCUGAGGUCUCACUGCCAAGGGCCUGAGUUCAAUCCCUGGCCAAGGAACUAUGAUCCCACAAGCCACGCAGCACGGCCAAAAACAAAAAACAAAAAAUAA